CUAAAAUUAUUUCUGGUAAGUGGUAAAUUUUACCGUCAACAAUAUUAAUUUGGUUGAACUUGUUCUGAUUAAUCUUCUUUUUCUUCCUCAGUCUUAGCAUUGCUCUCAUAGUUUGCUAAUCCAACUCAUAAUGAAUCAACAAUGGAUUUUAACCAAAUCCAAUUAGCUUUGCGUUGUUGCAUUCGCUUUCGAUCAAUUAAAAAUGCCAAAUCACUCCAUUCUUACAUAAUUAAAUCCGGUCAUUUUAAUCAAGUUUUUCUCUUAAACAACAUGAUCUCUGUUUAUGCAAAGUGUUACAGUUUCAAUGAUGCACGUAACCUAUUCGACGAAAUGCCUCAUAGGAACAUAGUUUCUUGGACAACAAUGGUCUCUGCAUUCACCAAUUCCGGCAUGCCCCAUGAAGCUCUUAAGCUCUACAACGAGAUGCUGGAAUCCAAAACUGAACAACCUAAUCAGUUUUUGUAUUCUGCGGUUCUCAAAGCGUGUGGUCUCGCGGGAAAUGUUGAAUUGGGCAAGUUGGUUCAUGACCAUAUAUGUCAAUCUAAGUUAGAUGUUGAUAUUGUUUUGAUGAAUGCCCUUUUGGAUAUGUACGUCAAAUGUGGGAGCUUGAUGGAUGCUCAACGACUUUUCUACGAAAUCCCGUUUAAAAAUGCUACUUCAUGGAACACCCUCAUUUUGGGUCAUGCUAAACAAGGCUUGAUUGGUGAUGCGAUGAAACUGUUUGAUAAAAUGGCAGAACCGGAUAUUAUAUCUUGGAAUAGCAUCAUUGCUGGCCUUGUAGAUCAUGCUAGUGCCCAUGCGUUGCAAUUUGUUUCUAUGAUGCAUGUGAAGGGUCUUAAGUUGGAUGAAUUCACAUUCCCGAAUGCCCUCAAAGCUUGCGGUCUUGGUGAUGAGUUAAUGUUAGGGAGAGAGAUUCAUUGUUAUAUUAUUAAGUCGGGUUUUGAGUCUAGCUGUUAUUGUAUAUCAGCAUUGAUUGAUAUGUAUUCGAAUUGCAAGCUAUUGGGUGAAGCAAUUAAGAUUUUUGAUCAAUUCUUCAGGAACUCUCCUGUUUCUGAAAGCUUGGCGCUUUGGAAUUCUAUGCUUUCUGGGUAUCUUGCUAGUGGAGAUUAUGUUGAGGCUCUCAGUUUGAUUGCUCAUAUGCAUCAUGCUGGUGUACAUUUUGAUUUUUAUACCUUUAGUACUGUUUUAAAGAUCUGCAUCUACUUCCAAAACUCGUGUUUGGCAUCUCAAGUGCACGGUUUGGUUAUCACUAGUGGCUAUGAGUUAGAUUGUGUUAUUGGGAGCAUUCUUAUUGAUUUAUAUGCAAAACAGGGCAAUAUUAACAAUGCAUUAAGAUUGUUUGAGAGGUUACCAGAUAAAGAUGUUGUGGCUUGGUCUAGUUUGAUUGCUGGUUGUGCUAGAUUCGGUUCAGAUAAGUUAGCCUUUUCUCUUUUCAUGGAUAUGAUUCAUUUGGGUCUUCAGAUUGACCAUUUUGUUAUUUCAAUUGUUCUAAAAGCUUGUUCAAGUUUGGCAUCUCAUCAACGUGGCAAGCAAGUUCAUGCUUUGUGUCUUAAGAAGGGGUAUGAAGCAGAGAGAGUAAUUACAACUGCUCUAAUUGAUAUGUAUGCAAAGUGUGGUGACAUCGACGAUGCCUUAGCUUUGUUUGGUUGUCUUUCAGAAAUUGAUACCAUGAGUUGGACAAGUAUUAUUGUGGGAUGUGCACACAAUGGAAGAGCAGAUGAGGCCAUUAGUCUUCUGCAUAAGAUGAUAGAAUCUGAUACAAAGCCAAACAAAAUCACCAUUCUAGGUGUUCUUACUGCUUGUAGGCAUGCUGGCCUAGUUGAAGAGGCAUGGGCUGUGUUUAAUUCUAUUGAAACAAAACAUGGAUUGAUACCAUGCCCAGAACACUACAAUUGUAUGGUUGAUAUACUUGGUCAAGCAGGGCGUUUUGAAGAAGCAGGAAAAUUGAUUAGUGAAAUGCCAUUUAAGCCGGACAGAACUAUAUGGUCUUCAUUGCUUGGUGCCUGUGGAACUUACAAGAACCGACAUCUGGCAAAUAUUGUUGCUGAGCAUCUCCUUGCUGCCUCGCCAGAAGAUGUUUCUGUAUACACAAUGCUGUCAAAUGUUUAUGCAGCUCUUGGAAUGUGGGACAGUUUAAGCAAAGUCAGAGAAGCUGUCAAAAAAGUAGGCAAAAAAGAAGCUGGAAAAAGCUGGAUUGAGAUCUCAAGUUGAGAAUGCUGGUUUGGGGCAUAAUUAAUCCUUAUACAUAAGAUAUUUCCAGAUGGGUCGCUGAUUAUUCUAGCUUAUAAGGAAUGGCAUAUGAUAAUGAUUGAACCCUGAGUUCUGAAGGGCAGAAGUAUUUACGGUAAAAGUUCAAUUACAAGUUUAAAGCACAGAAGUAUCGAAUUUAAACAACUUUUAGAUGGAAGAUACUACACUGAAGAACAUACGAUUAAGAUUAAUGUGCAAUGAAUGACUGCUAUUGCCAUGAGGUUUCACAUAUACGUUGAUUGAAGCUGUUCUGACUUCUGAUGAGUACUUUUCUAGUAGACAUAUACAUCAAAUGAGUUUUCAGUUUUCUAUGAUACUGUGUAAAGGUUCUGAUAUGAGAAUGGUCUCGUCUGUAUCAGGUUCUACUUCAUGGAAUACCUUCAUUCUGGGACAUGCUAAACAAGGCUUGAAUGGUAGUGUGCUGAAACUGAUUUAUCAAAUACUGGAACCAGAUUUUGUAUCUCGGAACAGCAUGGUUGCUGGUCUUGCGGAUAAUGCUAGUCCACAUGAAUUACAAUUUGUUUCAUGAUGCACAUGAAAGGGCCUAAAACUUGCCUGAUGAGCUUGUUCAAUCUCAAUGCAGCAGUUCAAUCCGAAAAGCAUGUGAUACAUACAUGCUAUUGCCAUGAGGUUUCAAUUUCACAUAUCAAAUUUUUGCAUCAUCCUACAAAAGUUAAAGAGCCACAAAUUGUUAAGCGCACGUCAAGUCUGAAGCCACAAUUUGUAGCUUCGAAGGAACCAUGCAAAAAAGACACCGGGAUGCAAGAAUUUUGGCAGUCGAUGCAAUUCCAAUCGCACGUGAACUCGAAUUUGGUCAAAAUCAGAGAAAUCAUCAGGUCUCAGCUCAUCUUUUAGCUUGGUUGAGCAGCUUGACAUUCUCAGUGUUUCUUUGAAAAGUUUCAUUCUGAUGAGCAUGUGGUGAGCAGCUUAUUGUAUUGAUUGUCUCGCAUUCUCACCUUUUGUUGAUGAAUUCUCUUAACAAAUAUAUUUAUAAAAGUGUUUCGAAAUAUGAUUAAAGGACUCAUCUACUAUCUUUGUCACUCCUUAUUUGUUUUAUUCAUAUGAAAAUAAGAGAGCAUUUGUAUACAUGUUUACUCACAAGUGGAAAAUUUCAAAAAAAGUUUGUAGUAGAUCGGAAGACUGUAAUCGGAUAACUGGGAUGUACUCGUUUUGGACAGAUCCUCUGCAGCUCUCUCUACUACUCACUCUCUAUCUCUCUCUUGGUUCUCUUCUGUCUCUUUCUCUUUUCCUCAUUUUAUUGGCCUCUGCACAUGCAACAACCGCAGGGAAUCCUUGUCCCAUUUUAUCUCAAUUUUUGUUAGCUACCCUUAACCUUUUGCUUUAGUUGGUUAAUCUGUUACCCGUUCUGCCUUUGCAAAAAAAAAAAC